AUGGGAGAAGACGAAGAAAGCGAAAAAAAGAAGAAAAAAAAGAAUGCUUCUAAAUAUAACUACACGUUCGGCGAUAUACAUCCAGGUGUGGUAAUUGGACACAAAACAUGCAAUCCCUUUUUAAAGCCCGGCUAUCCAGUUCCUGCGGGGAUGGGCUGGUUGUGGACUGCUACUGACGUGCCAGGAAUGAAGCCUCGUCGUGGCUGGCAACCGGGAAUUAUUGGUAAGAGUGUUGCCAAAAUAAUGACAUUUAAAUGUGCGAGAGGUGGCCAAGACAAGGAUAAGAGUAAAAAAAAGAAGAAGAAAGGCCAAACUGCGGGAGCUGAUAUGGGGGGAGGGGACUCUGAACCAGAUGAACCGUUAGAACCAAAGCCUACACUUAAAGUACAAAGGAAAGGCGACGUUUUUACAAUACAGGUGAAUCCCUUGAAAGAUCUGACUGAAAUUGGCCCAAACGAAGACCCCUACGUGGACUGCGAUCCUAUGGUUUUUAAGAUUAUAAAAAAACGGAGCCCCGAAGAGCAAGCCAAAGUUGAAGCAAGGAAAAUGGUCAAGUUGAAAAGACAGCGAGACGCCGAGAUCCGGAAAGCCUUAGCUGAAGCAGUGGAAGAUAUUUGCAAAUGUGCUUAUAUGGACGUUUAUUGUAACGAUCUGUCAGCUAUAGAUAAAGUUAUCGACAGCUGUCCAGCUUUUAAAGAACCAGAAUGUGUUUGCCAAGAGGAAUCUCUUAGUUCACUAUCCAGUAAUGCUACAUGGGAUAUUGAAUACACGCCCCCCUUUGGAUGUUUUGAUUUAGCUCCAAGAAAAAGAAAGAAUUAUAUCCACGUAGAAACGCAGUAUACUCCAGCAGAUGCAGGUAUAGUUGAGCCGCCAAAGAUAAGAUGCAAGAGAUCCUGCGCGUCGAUAAAACCGAAAAGGAGAACCAAAAAGAUUUGCUGUUCCCCAUGUUCUUGA